AUGUUCGGCAGAUCCUCGUUAAGGAGUAUCUCGGCGUACGGAAAAAUAUGCUCGCAGAGAGCUUUUAUAGGUCCAUCAUUGCUAGUGGCAAACAGACGGGCCUUUUCAACAAUUCACUAUCGUCUUCAAGAGCAGGCUGCAACUGAUGCCAAGGCAAAGGCAGUCAAGCAGAAAAAGGCACCGAAACACGGCUGGUUCAACUUUUUCUUUAAAGCAUCUGUUUUUUCUGCCGUUGCAUUUUGGGGUUACUUAACCUGGAAGGUGUACGUGGAAACGAAUCCACGUAACCAGAAGCCACAGUCGGAGUUGAAGGACAAUGGAAAUAAGAAGAAGAGCAUUGUGAUUCUUGGCUCCGUCUGGGGUGCAAUCUCUUUCCUCAGUAAAUUGGACACCACCAAGUAUAAUGUUACCAUCGUCUCUCCUAGAAACUACUUCUUGUUCACCCCCUUGUUGCCCUCUGUUCCUUCUGGAACAAUCGAUGCCAGAUCCAUCUGUGAUGCAGUCAGAACUAUUGCCAGAGCUACCCCUGGUGAGGUUAAGUACAUGGAGGCUGAGGCCAUUGACAUUGAUCCAAAGGCUAAAAGCAUCCAGCUAGAGCACAACUCGCAGAGAUUUUCCAUCGGUGAUGCCUUCAUCAACAACCACGAGCCAAUUAGAACCACUAUCGACUAUGACUACUUGGUGUAUGCAGUCGGUGCCACGGUGAACACGUUUGGUAUUCCUGGUAUUCCUGAAAACGCUUCCUUCUUGAAAGAGUCAAAUGAUGCUACUGCCGUCAGACAGAAGCUAUUUAACGCAAUCGAGGCCGCAAGGCUUCUUCCUGAGGGCUCCUUAGAAAGAGCCAGAUUGAUGAAUUUCGUUGUUUGUGGUGGUGGUCCAACCGGUGUUGAGUUGGCUGCCGAGGUUAAAGAUUUUAUGGACCAGGACCUCAAGAAGUUCAUUCCUAACAUCGACAAGGAGAUGAAGGUGACUCUUAUCGAAGCCAUGCCAAACGUUUUGGCCUCUUUCCACCCCAGAUUGAUACAGUACACGAAGAACAUCUUCAACGAGCAAGGUGUUGAUCUCAGAAACAACACCAUGGUCAAGAGAGUCGACGACAGAAAUGUUUACUGCUCUCACCGGAAACCGGACGGAUCUCAGGAGGAGGUCACGAUUCCAUACGGUACGCUAGUGUGGGCUGGUGGUAACACUCAGAGACCUAUCACGAAGAAGUUGGCAUCUAAGAUUUUGGAGCAGAAGACUGCCAGAAGAGGACUUUUGGUUGAUGACUACCUCAAGUUGGAUGGUGAUGACUACAUUUUCGCCUUGGGAGACUGCACCUUCACCACAAAUCCACCAACUGCCCAGGUUGCACACCAGGAGGGCCACUUCCUUGCUGAGUACUUCAACAAGCUUUCCCAAGUGGACGACUAUCAGUAUCUUGCCAAGAAAGAGCCUGAGCGGGCUGAAAAGUACUUGCAGAAGCUCGAGAGAGUCAAGAAGAGCAUGCUUCCAUUCAAGUAUAAUCAUCAGGGAUCACUUGCCUACAUUGGAUCCGAUAGAGCUGUUGCCGACUUGUCUUGGGGUUCUUGGUCUACAGUUGCCCUUGGUGGAAGUCUCACCUUCUUGUUCUGGAGAACUGCGUACGUUUCCAUGCUUCUUGGAAUCAAGAGCAAAAUUCUUGUUGUGACAGACUGGUUGAAGGUGUCCAUUUUCGGCAGAGACUGCUCGAAAGACUCCUGA